AAAAAAAAAAAAUGGACAGUACCCAAAAAUUAUCCUCUCCUUUCCGCAUGUCACUCUAAUAACAACCUCCAAGGCGGAAUGACCGAGGCUGACCUCCUGGUGCACGUGCGCCAGCGGCUCGACGCGCUCACGUACGACGAUCACUCGCAGUACCUACUAAGCUCUUUGCCCGUCGUGUCCGCUUUCCAGCCUCCCGACGCCGUACAGACUAAUCGACGGCGACCAACACUCUUAGGUUCAUGGCUUCGAUACGCAGGACUCACGGGUUUCUACGUGCGUUUGGUGCUGCUUCUGGGUACAGGCUGGCUAUUGGCCAUGGUGGGCAUAUUCACCUUUUUGUACGCGCUUCCAGCGGCGCAAGAGGACAUUGUACUAACCAGUACCGCACAAGUAAUAUUACUAUUGGGAAUAUACUUCUUAGGGGGAGCUCUAGGCUCUCUCGCCUUUGGCGUCUGUGCCGACCACUUCGGACGGAGACCGGUGCUCUUAAGUGCGUUAACUUUCUGGCUCAUAGUCAACGCUUUAACGUCGGGAGCGUGGAAUUAUGGGUCUUUUGUGGCGCUAAGACUGCUGGCAGGCGUGGGAAUUGGCGGGCAAUUGGCAAUUUUGGCAACUUUGGCACUGGAAUAUACGCCAACCAGGACACGAGGGAGGAUUACAGUAUUAUCAGUCUCAAUAGCGGGGCUGGGAGUGUUUGCUGGGGUCGGAUAUGGCCAAUUGGCAAGCACCGAUAAAGGCAUCGGCUGGAGAAUCACGUACGGAGUGUUGAGUGGCAUUGCGCUAUUAUUUCUUGCAGUAUUAUACUUGGCUUUGGAAGAAUCACCCAAAUAUUUAGCAAGUGUCGGGCGAUCAGAGGAAGCUUUGUACAUUUUGGAGAAGAUUGAGAAUGCGCAUGGCAUCAGUCGACAAGCCAGAGUGACGGUGCCUACGAGUUUGUAUGAACCUCCGUCUCAAAGACCGCAGAUUAGUUAUGAACGGUAUCUGGAAAGUUCAGAUUCAGAUUCUGAUUUGGAUUUAGAAUUACAAAGACUACAGGACGAAGAGAUGGCGCGUUCAGCCGCUAGAAAUGCCAGGUAUAAGUACACAGGACCUGGAGCUGCCAAAGCUCGCAGUCAGAGUCAACGUGUGUCUGCCAGGAGGUUACAGAGCCAACAGAUUGAGGUGUGUACCCCCAGCUCUGGAGACCCUGGAACUCCAUCGUAUACGCUGGCUCCUCAUGCCGAUUUGUCGUUUAUAAGAGCGCUAUCCCGUCGUGUAGUGGUGCUCUUUUCCAGAUCUAUGGCUCGACGCACAGUUCUCAUUUGGUUCUUCUGGUUUGCCGAGCUCACGUGCUUUAGUGCUGCUAUUGUGACGAUGUUAAUGAUGGCGGGCACGUUUAUUAAAGUGAACGCGAUUGGGACGGGAUUCGGAGUGAAAGACCAACUUUUCUGGUCUGUUAUGACCUUUCCAGGCCUCGUCUUCACGGCUACAAUCAUUGAGACUGCAGGUCGGCGAGUGACGCUAGCGUUUUUUGUGUUUCUUGGCGGAAUUGUGAUGUUAACGUCUGCCUGGCUGUUAGAGGAACAUGGCGAGUGGAUUGGUUUAUCAUUAUCGCUUGGAGCGAUGGUAUUGGCUACAGGAGGUACCUUGGGCGCGUUGAUUCCCUUUACUGGAGAGCAGUUCCCUCUUCUAACUCGAGCGCUAGGGAUCUCGUGUGCGUCUGCUUGGGGUCAUCUUGGCAUGUUCGCGGGAGUUUAUCUGGUUCUUCGACGAGUAAUGGGGGAUGAGGCGUGGUCAUGGCACGACGAACGUUUGAUGCUAGCAGGAUGUGGUGGUGUGGCUAUUGUACUACUUCCUAUUAUACUGUUCAUGGGACCAGAGACUCGUGGACGAGAUAUCGAUGCCUCAUGGUUCGAAGACAACAAAGGACUACACACUCGUGCUGGUGGAGUGCUCGCAGCAACUCCAGGUGACAAUCGAGGUAGUAAAGGCGAUAAAGUAUCAGAAGAAGUACCACAAUCUCCGUUCGGUAGCAAAAAACUUCGUGAUGGGAAUGUGAAUCCAGAACGAUGCGAUACUCUGCCCAUCGAUGAGCUGGAAAUGAUGCACGAGUACGUCCAGCAUCGCCGCUCAAGCGAGGAGAAGCGUCGAUCUGUACUGGAGAUACUGGAGCCUGUGCUUUUAGACUGGCGUCGGUCUCUUUCCAGUUCGUUUUCGAGCUCAGCACGGGGUCUUAGCAGCAGUAGCAAGGCCAGUAAACAAGAACACAAUGCUACGGAUGUAAAAACUGACAUACGUUCGAGCGAAAACGGACGCUACACUAUCGAUCUCGACAUGUUCGACACGUUCACGUACAUUUCCACGCCCGUGCUGGGAGGCGACAACUCGGACCACGAACACCGUGAACCUAGCAAUUUAUCAUCACCAGAUGAAGCACAAUAGUUGAUCUAUUGCCACGGAAGCGUAGACCGCUAUUUGCUGUAUAUAUUGAACAUUUUUGUAAAUGUCAUUAAGUUACGAUAAUCUAUUGUAAGUUUUGGUCACUCGA